AUGGAUACCAUUGUUGCCGUUGAUAAUUCUAAUGAUCAUACUCCAUUACCAUCUGCUGGAUCUAACGCUGAUUAUGGGACACGAGGACCUUCACGUCGAUCAAGUCCCACUUCAAGCCAAUCCAUUGUCAAUAUCAUUAAGGCCUCUUGGCUAAAUAUUCUUUUGGUUUUCGUCCCAUUAGGAGUUAUUUCUUAUUAUUUGGAUUGGGGCGAGACUUGGACUUUUUCACUGAAUUUUUUAGCCAUUAUUCCGCUUGCAAAACUUUUGGGACUAGCCACGGAAGAAAUUGCAAUGAGAGUUGGUCAGACAAUUGGUGGUCUUUUGAACGCAACAUUUGGAAAUGCUGUCGAAUUGAUUAUUUCAAUCUUUGCUAUUCGUCAAGGCCAAAUACGAGUUGUUCAAGCUUCAAUGUUGGGUUCAAUUAUCUCAAAUCUGUUGUUGGUAUUAGGAAUGUGCUUCGUAGCAGGCGGAUAUUACAAAUCAGAACAAAUUUUCAAUCAGACAGCAGCUCAAACCAGUUCAAGUUUGUUGACUCUAGCAUGUAUUGCUCUGAUUAUUCCCGCUGCAUUGCAUGCAGCUGUAAGUGCCGACGACAAAAAAGAAAUCCUCAAUUUAAGUCAUGGAACGGCGUUGAUAUCUCAUAAACAUCUUUAUGCAGAAAUUGCAGAGGAAGGCGAAAACACAGAACCAGAAGAAUCAGAAGAGCCGCAACUUACUUUGCCGUUAUCACUUGGAUUGUUGGCAGGUGCCACACUUGUAGUCGCAUUCUGUGCCGAAUAUCUCGUUGAUUCGAUCGAAGGUAUCGUUGAAUCUUCGGGUUUGAGUAGGACUUUUGUUGGUCUUAUUCUAUUACCGAUAGUUGGUAAUGCAGCAGAGCACGUUACUGCAGUUACCGUGGCAAUGAAAGAUAAAAUGGAUCUGGCAAUUGGUGUUGCGGCUGGAAGUUCUAUGCAAAUUGCACUUUUUAUUACUCCAUUUUUGGUAGUCUUGGGUUGGAUAAUCGAUCAACCCAUGACAUUGUUCUUUGAUGUGUUUGAAACAGUUAUUCUAUUUAUUUCGGUUUUGAUAACGAAUUAUCUUAUUCAGGACGGAAAAUCUAAUUGGUUGGAAGGUAUCUUAUUGCUUUCCACGUACACGAUUAUCGCUCUUGCUUUUUACGUUUAUCCCGAUGAAGAUACUUCUCUUUAG